AAGAAAACAUGACCAAAUAGCACUUUGGUAAAGCCACUAAGCUCUAGAAACUAGACGCUUUAGGACUAGCUGUAUGGUGGUUGGACUCUAUGCUUGUCAUCUGUUUCUCCCCACCUUGUUUUCUACCCAGAUCUCCCUCCAUCAUUCGAACCAUUUUCCUUCCAAUUUUCCAUUCCUUUAAUCGCCAAUUCCAUCCUCUAUCCAUUAAGCUUUUCUCCACCCAAGAUGUUUAUGCCUUCAAUGUCCAGAUUGGCAAUCUUGCUCGUGCCGGCAACAUUGGAGCCGCCCGCCAACUGUUCGACGAAAUGCCCCAUAGAGAUACCGUUUCUUGGAAUUCUAUUAUUACUGGCUACUGGCAAAAUGGGUGCUUUGAUGAGUCCAAGAGGUUGUUUGGAUUGAUGCCCACCAAAAAUGUGGUUUCUUGGAAUUCCAUGAUUGCUGGAUGUAUCGAGGAUGAGAGGAUCGACGAAGCGUGGCAGUAUUUUCAGGCAAUGCCUCAGAGAAAUACAGCAUCAUGGAAUGCCAUGAUUUCGGGAUUAGUUAGGUAUGAUCGAGUCGAGGAAGCUAGUAGGCUUUUUGAAGAGAUGCCAAGGAGGAACGUAAUUUCAUAUACUGCUAUGGUUGAUGGGUAUGCCAAGAUAGGGGAGAUUGAGCAAGCACGAGCUUUAUUUAAUUGUAUGCCGCAGAAGAAUGUUGUUUCUUGGACGGUGAUGAUUAGUGGGUAUGUUGAGAAUGGGAAAUUUGACGAGGCCGAGAACCUGUUUGAGCAAAUGCCAGAUAAAAAUAUUGUUGCAAUGACAGCGAUGAUCACAGGAUAUUGUAAGGAAGGGAAGACGGACAAAGCAAAAAUUCUGUUUGAUCAAAUCCCGUGUAGGGACCUUGCCUCUUGGAAUGCAAUGAUAACAGGUUAUGCACAAAAUGGAAGUGGUGAGGAAGCAUUGAAGUUACAUUCGCAAAUGCUCAAGAUGGGUAUGCAGCCAGAUCACUCAACCCUUAUUUCAGUUCUUACUGCAUGUUCUAGUCUUGCAUCAUUGCAAGAAGGAAGAAAAACUCAUGUACUUGUUCUCAAGAGUGGGUAUGAAUCACGUAUAUCCAUAUGCAAUGCUUUGAUUACUAUGUACUGCAAAUGUGGUAGCAUCCUUGAUUCUGAACUAGCUUUCAGACAAAUUGACCAUCCAGAUGUCGUCUCAUGGAAUGCCAUGAUUGCUGCAUUUGCGCGACAUGGCUUCUAUGACAGAGCUCUUGCUUCCUUUGGUGAGAUGAGAUCGAAUAGGGUUGAACCAGAUGGGAUAACAUUUCUGAGCUUAUUAUCUGCUUGUGGUCAUGCAGGAAAGGUGCAUGAGAGCCUCAAUUGGUUUAAUUCAAUGAUUGAAAGUUACAAAAUUGUCCCCAGGCCUGAACACUUUGCUUGCUUGGUUGACAUAUUGAGUCGAGGAGGUCAGGUGGAGAAGGCCUACAAGAUAAUCCAAGAGAUGCCGUUUGAGGCAGAUUGUGGGAUAUGGGGUGCUCUUCUUGCAGCCUGUCAUGUUCAUCUAAAUGUAAAGUUAGGUGAAUUGGCAGCUAAGAAAAUUGUGGAAUUGGAGCCCCAAAACUCAGGGGCUUAUGUUGUCCUAUCUAAUAUAUAUGCUGCUGCAGGCAUGUGGGGGGAAGUUACAAGAGUGAGAGGUUUGAUGAGAGAACAGGGAGUUAAGAAGCAACCUGCAUAUAGCUGGAUGGAGAUUGACAAUAAAGUGCAUUUCUUCUUGGGAGAUGAUGCAUCUCAUCCAGAAAUUCAUAGAAUUCGUUUGGAGCUCAAGGGGAUGAAGUUACAGAUGAUAGCGGAUGAUGAUAUUGAAGAAGUUUUUUCAGCAUGUUCCUGUUGAAUUGCAACUUUUAAGCCUAUAUUUUGGGUGAAGAAGAGAAAGCUUGAUCCUGAAGAACUUGAAAUCCCCAUUCAGCUAAAUCCAUAAGGUUCCCCGUUGUAUUUCCUAACCAUGCAACUGGACCGACAUAUUCUGGUGAAACAGAGAAGGGGCAAAUAGUCACUGGAUGUUGUGAAUACAAGCGAGAUGUAAUUAUAGAAGAUAAAAGAAUGGCAAAAUGUUGGAAUGACAAGAAAAAGGAAUCAUAAUGCAUGUGAAGAUCGAAAAUUUUCUGUUAUCCUGAAUUUGGAAUUCAGGAAAUAUGUCGUCUAAUGGGUAAUUUGUAAGAACGGUCGGAGAAAUGAUUGAACAUAAAUUGAUACAUGGGCGAA